AUGGCUUCCGCGGACGAGCUCAAAGCUCUCGGCAACAAGGCCAUUGCCGAAAAGAACUUUGACGACGCCAUCGACAAGUUCACCCAGGCCAUUGCCAUCCAGCCCGAAAACCACAUCCUCUACAGCAACCGGUCCGCUGCGCACGCCUCCAAGAAGCAGUGGGACGACGCCCUGAAGGAUGCCGAGAAGACGACCGAGAUCAAGCCCGACUGGGCCAAGGGCUGGGGCCGCAAGGGUGCCGCCCUGCACGGCAAGGGCGACCUGCUGGGCGCCAACGAUGCCUACUCGGAGGGCCUGAAGCACGACGCCAACAAUGCCCAGCUCAAGAGCGGCCUGGCGUCGGUCGAGAAGGCCAUGCAGCAGGAGGCCGGUGGCAUGGGCGGCGACCCGGCGGCCGGUCUCGGCCAGAUGUUCAACGACCCCAACAUGAUCCAGAAGCUGGCCUCGAACCCCAAGACGGCGUCCUUCCUCGCCGACCCCGCCUUCAUGGCCAAGCUGCAGUCCAUGAAGCAGAACCCGGCCAAUGCCCAGGACCUCUUCAGCGACCCCCGCAUGAUCCAGGUCCUUGGCGUACUCAUGGGCGUCGACAUGGAGAUGCGCGACAGCGACCCCACGCAGGACACGCCCAUGACCGACGCCCCGUCCCAGGCCAAGAAGCCCGAGCCUGCCAAGAAGGCCCCCGAGCCCGCUCCUGAGCCUGAGGAGGUCGACGAGGAUGCCCUCGAGAAAAAGAAGAAGGAGGAAGCCGACAAGGAGAAGGCCCUGGGCACUGAAAACUACAAGAAGCGCAACUUUGACGAGGCAAUUGCUCACUACAGCAAGGCGUGGGAAAUCUUCAAGGACAUUACCUACCUCAACAACUUGGGCGCCGCCUACUAUGAGAAGGGCGACUAUGACAAGUGCAUUGAGGCCUGCACCAAGGCCGUCGAGGAGGGCCGCGAGAUAUACGCCGACUUCAAGUUGAUCGCCAAGAGCUAUGCGCGCAUCGGCUCGGCGUACGAGAAGAAGGGCGACCACGCCCAGGCCAUCGAGAACUUCAACCGCUCCCUCACCGAGCACCGCACCCCUGACGUCCUCAGCAAGCUGCGUGCCACGGAGCGAGCCAAGACGGAAGCCGACAAGAAGGCCUACAUCGACCCGGCAAAGGCCGAGGAGGCGCGCGAGGAGGGCAACAAGAAGUUCAAGGAGACGGACUUCCCUGGCGCCGUCGCCGCGUACACGGAGAUGAUCAAGCGCGCUCCCGAGGACCCGCGUGGCUACAGCAACCGCGCGGCUGCGUUCGUCAAGCUCUUUGAGUUCCCGAGCGCCCUCGAGGACUGCGACGCCGCCAUCAAGCGGGAUCCCAAGUUCAUCCGGGCGUACAUCCGCAAGGCGCAGGCCUACUUUGGCAUGCGCAAGUACUCGGAGUGCGUCGACGCCUGCAGCGAGGCCCAGCAGGUGGACCAGGAGCACCACAACGGCGCCAACGCGCGCGAGAUUGAGCAGCAGCAGCAAAAGGCGUUUGGCGCCAUGUACUCUACCCGUGAUAACGAGACGGAGGAGCAGACGCGAGAGCGCCUGAUGCAGGACCCUGAAAUCAUGAGCAUCAUGCAGGACCCUGUCAUGCAGUCGAUUCUGCAGCAGGCACAGUCGGACCCCAAGGCGCUGCAAGAGCACAUGCGCAACCCGAACGUGCGAACCAAGAUCCAGAAGCUGAUUGCGGCGGGCGUUAUUCGCGUGGGUCGGUAA